AUGACAUCUGAACCUGACAUUGAGCUUGCCUCAUUGGCCCAUCAACAAAGCAAUGAAUCACUAUUCACCAUCAGAUGUCUCUCAUCUACAUCCUCCGCCACUGCCACUCCCAUUUCCUCGAACAAACGGCACCAGGAUGACUGGGGAGUCCUAUCAAUAGCCGGUACCGAUUCCGUUUAUGUACUUGACGCUGAAACGGUGCAUAUCACUCUCGCCAUGAAUGCCCCGUGUCUCAUGUCGGUCUAUUAG